AUCCAAGAUGACCGCAAGAUGUGAAGAUAAACUUUUGUGCUAUAUGUUUACUCUUUGCUUGAUGCUCGACUCAUUCCGUGUGGAUACAGAAUCGUUAAGUGAAGAUCUGGCGGUGACUACUAACAAGGUUUAUGGUAUAUUUAAAACGCUAGGAUGCAAAAUCGAAGGAUUGAACAAGUCUGAAAAGAAUGCGCUCGGUAUUAAUGAGGCACAAUCGAGAAAGGUGAAACGUGCUGCGCUAACUGUCCCACUGGUGCUUCCGGAACCAAAAAAGAGGAAAUACGAUAGAUGA